GUGUGAUUAUUUGAAAAAAAUUUUAACUCUUUAAACCCUCACUUCAGAAUUAUAAUAGUUGUAAUAAUAGUAAUUAUUAUAGGAAGAGUAUUUUUAAGUUUGAGAGUAGUCGUAAGACAAAAAUGACGUUUUGAGAAAGAUAAAUUAACUAGUUUUGAGUGUGGCUUUGACCCUAUGAGAAGAAGUCGAAUACCUUUUUCCUUACGUUUUUUUUUACUAGCCCUCCUUUUUUUAGUGUUUGACUUAGAAAUAAUUUUACUUUUUCCUUAUGUAUUUAGAGUAAGGGUUACUAGAAUUAAAAUAAAAGUAAUCAGAAAAUUAUGGGGAUUUAUUUUUUUAAUUAUUUUAGUAGGGGGUUUAGUACAUGAAUUAAAUGAGGGAACGUUGGACUGAAACAAAGAGUAA